GUUUGAAACUCGUAGGAGCGCUAGUUUGUACAUGUGCGUUACGUGCCGGUUGUUAGUCGUAUCAUGGAGUCAGCUGAGACAAAGCCAAAAAAAUCAAACAAACCGAAAGAUACACCUUUCCACCAGCAGCGUCUUAAGUCAUGGAGACCAAUUCUAACUGCUAGAAAUGCGUUUCCAAUAUUUCUCACUAUUGGGUUAUUAUCCAUACCAGUGGGUAUAGUUUUACUUGCAUCCUCUAAUAGCGUCUUAGAGGUUGUUGUGGAGUAUACUCACUGCGAAGAUACCGUACGCCAUACACGAUGUUCUGAGGUGGUCAGACUUCCUGAUUUCUAUAGAACAUAUAAUAUAUGUUUAUGCAAAGUCGAAUUUGAACUCAAGGAAGAGUUCAGGGGUCAAGUGUACUUUUACUAUGGACUGUCAAAUUUCUACCAAAAUCAUCGCCGCUAUGUUAUAUCAAAGGAUGAUUACCAGUUACACGGUUCAGUGGAAACUCCAAAACCAAGUUGUGAACCGUAUCGAUUCGAUGCAAAUGGAAAAGUCUAUGCCCCAUGUGGAGCUAUUGCAAUGAGUUUAUUCAAUGACUCAUUCACUCUAAAAUAUCUUGGUAAAAGCUCCGAACCUCUUGCUAAACCAUUACAAGUUCCAAUGACCAAUAAGGGAAUCGCUUGGCGCACUGAUGUUGAAGAAAAAUUUGGAAAACCACCAGCUGAUUCAUGGGCAAACACAGUAAAGCCAGUUAGUUGGAAAAAGUCAGCUCUUGAACGCUCAUCUGGCGCAUAUAGCGAAGACGAAGAGUUAUUAGUAUGGAUGCGUGUUUCAGCACUACCAACAUUUCGUAAAUUACAUCGUCUAGUCACUCAUGUGGGUGCUUUUUCAAACGGUCUGCCAGCUGGAAUUUAUAGCGUUGAUAUUGAGUACUCUUAUCCUGUCACUCAAUUUGGUGGCACUAAACGAAUUAUACUUUCUACGAUGAGUUGGCUAGGUGGCCGAAAUCCAACAUUAGGAAUAUCCUAUAUUGUUGUGGGCAGUGUGGGUCUUAUUUUAGGUCUUAUAUUUUUCAUUCUUCACUAUCAUACAAUGAAGCAUCGAUAACCUAGCGCUCGUAAACAUCAAAUGACUUUUCGUCCAGAUCAUGAUUAGUCACACGAAAACUUGUUAAUCAUUCCAUAAGAUGUGAUAUAUUUUGAAGGGUCCUUUAUAAAGUAUUUUUUUAUUUAUAACCUUUAUUUCUUUGUGAAUUAGUAAUACUCACUCCUUUAAAAACAAACUUAUAAGUUUUUACUUUUAAAUGUGAUAUUUUCAGGAUUUCUGGUAUAAUAUACUGUUCUUGUAUAUGUUUCGAUUAGUUUUUCUGUUGGGUAAUUUGUUACACGGCAAACAUACAUCUUACCUGUGGCUUCUGUUAUUAAACUUUAGUCAGUCCAUCUACAAAGUAGGACCAGGCACAUGUAUGCAUCGGUACUAGUUCCCCUACCUCAUUAGCACAAGAAGAUGGACAUAUUCAUAAUAGUUACUUCAAUGGUAGUAAUAUAUAUAACGAAAAAAUUGCAUUUAAGGAUUUGAUAUAGGGAAAGAAUUAGUUCUUAUAAAGAAAGGUGUAAAGUAAUUUUAAUUUCACGGUUUAACGGAAGACAAAGAGUACA